UUUACCGCAAAUGCUCUAAAACAUUAGAAUAUGGGAAAGUUGCAGGCAAUGGCGCGGGAGAGGACGUGCGCGUUCUGUCUGAUUGCCUGGUCUUCCUUCCACUUCGACCACUCUCCUUCACGCGAUUACUUGAAUUUCUUGCAGGAUGAAAAGGUCGUUGUAUUCGAAGAUAUCAAGCCUUCUGCAUUCAUGGGAUUGCUGUUUAGCUCUUCACAAAGUGAAAAGGAUUCAUCCAAUGCUAUUAGAUGCAGUAGGAAGAGGCUACGGGGCUUGCUGAGCAUCUGGCUUAAGGCAGGGAAGAUUCUUUCAUGCUCUUCAGGCAGCGGAAUUUGGAACGCCGUUUGGUGGCACAUCAAGCGCACAAGUGAAGAAAUUUGGCGUUGCUCCCCCAAAUUGGUACUGGCCUGAGCCUCUAGCAUCUAGGCCGCACAGAGCGUGUCGAGUCCGGAUAUGCUCCCAAGUCCCAACACACGUCUUGCGAUUGGGAUCCGGUGAGCAGCAAUAUCGACGCACAUUUAGGAUGAUGGCUUAGAUGCUACAUGCUAGGGGACUAGCCUCAGGGAUCGGCCUAUGUAGAUUGCACCAAUAAAUUCAGAAUUCAUCAGUAGCAUACGCGUCCUGAAAUGCACGGCCGAGGUGAAUAAUUUAUGGGGAAAAGUAUUGUGUAGGUUACUGCAGAGUUAUGAAUAUGAAUUACAGUCUCCUAAAGUC